AUGACAAGCGCAGUACGUUCGGUACGUUUCAGUGAAGAUUUACCGAGAGUAUCUCAUAACAGUACAGUGGUAAAAAAUGUAACUGAAUCUUAUGAGAAAGCUUCUCAAAUACCGGUACAACUUCCACGAGUGUACGAUGAUGCUCUUUAUAGUCCGUAUGAUGUUUAUACUGCAGCUAGCAUAGGUGAUGCACCAAUGAUUGAGGCACAAUUGAAGACGGGUUUCGAUGCAAAUCGUUUGAAUGGAAGCGGAUGGAGUUCAUUGAUGUAUGCCGCUUAUCUUGGACAUGAAGCAGUUUGUGCAUUACUGCUUAAAUCAGGAGCAUUGGUAGAUUUAUGUAAUGCAAGUGGACAAACAGCUCUAAUGCUUGCUGCUACAUGUGGAAAUUUAGCUGUUGUACGAUUAUUAAUACGAAAAGAUGCUGUAAUUGAUAAGCAGGAUAAUAUGGGAGAUACAGCGCUUGCUUAUGCAACUGCUUGCUCACAGGCUAGUAUUGCGGAAGCUUUGUUGGAUAAUGGCGCUAAUCCUAAUAUUCCCAAUUUGCAUGGUAUGACACCGACAUUAACUGCAUGCUGCAUUGGACACGAACUUACACUUCUUGUAUUGCUGCAGAAUGAUGGUGAUCCGAAAUUAAAGAAUUCAAAAGGUGAAAAUGGUGAAGCUUUAGCUUUCGACAAUCCAAAAACCAUCGCUAUUUUGAGGGAUCCUCCGCGGGUAAUCUAUUUAAUUCCAUAA